UACGAUGGUUUGUUUGAAGUUUGAAACAUUUUUCAAUGCUUUGUUCAGUUAUUUGUAAAUUGUAAGGCCAAUUGCUCAAAUGCUAAGUUUCCACCAAAAUAUGGAGGUCUUGAUCUGGCAAUUUCAUGGACAAAGUUGUGUUUGCAUUUAUUAUCGCUCAUAAUAUGAUCUUAGUUUUGUUUUCUUGUAGAUACGGAAUUCUCACAGCAAGAACUUCCAGAAUGGAAACCAAUUUUAACACCGGGAUGGGUACGGCGUUCAACGCAAACUUGUCUCACUGUUUUUGCAAAUGUUCUUCUAACAAUUGAUGGGUGAUUUUAUCUUUGCUUUCUCAGGUUAUUACCACACUUUUUGCCGUUGGAGUCAUAUUCAUCCCUAUUGGUCUUGCUACCGUGUUUUCAUCAGAGAGUGUAACAUCUCGUAUACAUAUAACAUACUUACAUAGCGUGAAAUGGAUUGAUAAAUGAAGAAAUGCUGAUGCAUGCAGGUGGAGGAAAUUGUAAUACAAUAUGAUGAGAGUUGCCUUCCUAGCUCACAUGCCAACGAUGCAAUGGCAUAUAUUCAAAGCCAUACCACCAACAAGACCUGCGUCACCAAAUGGACUUUUUGUUCCAAGUUUACAGGUUGAGCAUAGAAUGGAAGCUCCUGUUUAUAUCUAUUAUCAACUCGACAAUUACUAUCAGAACCAUCGCAGAUAUAUGAAGAGUAGAAACGACAAGCAACUGUGGAGCAAGGCAGAAGAAGGGGAAACGUUAAAUUGUUAUCCUGAAGACAUGACGAAGGAAAAACAGCCAAUUGUUCCCUGCGGCCUCAUUGCAUGGAGCAUCUUCAAUGACACAUACAAAUUUGUAUCCAAAAACAAGAACUUGACGGUGAACAGAGAGGACAUUGCAUGGGGGAGUGACCGAAGGUUCAGAUUUGGCUCUGAUGUUUAUCCAAAAAACUUUCAGAGGAGAGAUUUGAUUGGAGGUGGACACCUCAAUGAGAGUCUACCCUUGAGGCAGCAAGAGGAUCUCAUAGUUUGGAUGCGAACGGCUGCGCUACCCACAUUCAGAAAACUCUAUGGAAAGAUAGAGGUUGAUCUUGAAGCGAAGGAUGAGAUAGAAAUAGUCAUAGAAAACAACUAUAACACAUACAUGUUUGGAGGGACAAAGAAGCUGGUUCUCUCAACCACAACUCUUAUGGGAGGAAGAAAUCCCUUUGUAGGGACAGCAUACCUUUUCAUUGGUAGUCUCUCCUUGUUCUUCACUAUAGCCUUCAUACUUCUCUAUGUCAUCAAGCCAAGGCCUCUUGGGGAUCCAUCUUAUUUGUCUUGGAACAAAAAUCCAGGGGGUAUGAUCAAAUGACAAGCCAUGAUUCAUCUUUCACUCUUUGUUUGGUCUUGGUUACUUUACCAACUAGAAACUCAGUGUAUAUAAACAAACGUUUCUCUUUGUUUUAUAUUUUGGCUCUGUUCAUACUUCUGUUGGAAAACAGGGUUACAGGUACUCUAGAUUUUAGUAACGAGGUAAGCACGGGCCUUAAUACUAGGUUUACUUUUUAUAAAUAAAGGACUAAGCUUAAGUUUUUGUAAAGGAUAAUGAUAUUUAGAGAACAUUUUUUUGA